UGAGACGAGCCUCUGUAAUUCGCCGGCUCGCUAACAACAAAUACGUGGGUCCAGCCGCUAUAUCAUCCUUUACGUAAAAAUUUCAUUUCGAAUCGAACGGCCGAGAACGUUAAUUGAUAUCAUCAAUUCCAUAUUGAACCAAUAACCUCGUUGAUUAAACUGCAGCUGAAAUAAUCGGAGAGGUUGGGUUUUUUGAUUGAAUUAUGAUAGAUCUACCUGCAGUUAUGAGCUGAAGGAAGUGAGGGGACUGAACUAAUAUGCGGCUGCCUCCAUCGUGAGGUUUCCUGCCACUCACGAAAAACUACGUAGAAGUGAUGGACAAAAUGAUGGAUACACCGGUCCCGACAUGAUGGGAGGUGCAACGGAACACGAAGCUUAGCUGGGUAAACUUUCCUUGGCAAUCCCCAAAAUAAAGAUGGAAAUACAGAAUAGGGAACUGCGAUGCACGAGUUCGUGUGGCAUGACUUCAUACCACCGUCUCACUACUUGGCAAGCAACACCCAGGUAACAAGCUGGAAGUAAGCACCGUAAGUUCAGUGAAUACGACAAGGAGGCUGCUUUUAGGAGAGGCAAGCACCGCCACGAGGUAAUAGAUAUAAUAUUCGAAAUGUAUAUAUAAGAGCGUAUCCCAUCGUUCCUUCCAUGGAAUUAUCAGAUCAUCAUCGCCAUCCCAUAAAACAAGAAUCUCCCAUCAUCACCCAAUUCAAACAACCAACUUCUCACCAGAGUAACCCCUCAAACACCAUCUCGCCCACCAAAAUGAAGACCUUCGCAGCCCUUUCCCUCCUCUUCCUAGGAGCUAGCGCCGUCCCGGUAACCGAGCGCCAGACUCCAGCCCCCACCGAAUUCGACAUCAGCAGCUUCAGCGCGAACACGCUGCCGCAUGGGACCGGGGCCUUCAUAAGCUUCACUAUCACCGCUCCCGGCACCACUCUAAACACAACGUGCGCGUACUCGGACCAGUCCUCCGCCUCCGAGCUGCCGUCCGUAUCCCUGCGGCCCUGCGAUGAUGCCGCCGUAGAGUGGGAGUUCAUGCAGGACCCGGCACAGCCGGGGACGCAGGGCAGCUACCGCAUCGUCGUCACGUACGCGUACGACGCGCCGAAGAGGGUUGCUGGUUACCACGAGUGGCCCGCCACCGACUUCCCGCUCGAGAACUUCGGGUCUACUGUUGAGACGUUUUAUACUGGGACUCCUGACUUUGUUAUUACGAAUCUGACUGGUUAAUCGGGGAUUGUUGAAGUGCGAGGCGUAUCUACCUAUCCUAGAUGCUAUCUAGGUACUUAGGGGAUCGGAAUUUAGAAGAAAGACGCAUAGAGUUAUGUCGGCGCAAGUUUCACUUACGAGGGGGUAGAAAAGUGGAAGAUGAUAUCGUUAUAGUGAAGAUAGCGGUUCCUGAACAUACUGGGAUCUAUAAUAAUAAUCAUUUACUAUCACAUUACCUUCUCGUUACCUUGAAUGGUAUCAAGUUCUGCUUUCUGAGUCUAGG